UUAAUGUGGGGUCAUUCAGUUUUGUUCGCUACACUUUGCUUCGUCUUGUCGUACUAUUCGGUGAGCAACGCUGGCACCCUCCGUCAACUGCUGCUGUGACUGUGACUGUGACGCACACACCACCAGUCACCACCACAGCACUCUGCUCCGAUUUCACCGUCACCGCUGCUUCUAGAACCUUCGCCGCCGUUUUCCUCAGCCGCAACUGCCUCAGUCAACGCCCCUGAACACUCGGUCAAUUUUCUAAUUAAGUUCUCGUUAGAGGUUUGAAGCGGAGGAAAGCAUGGGAAUUUAGUAAUUUGGAAGGUAUUAGACUUAGAUUCAGUGGGGCGUAUUGAAUCUAGGGUUCGGACUUUUGAUAGAAAGGAUGAAUGGGGAAACAGAUGUUGGUUCUUUCUGGAUUGAGGAAAUUAAUGGGCAGGUUCAGACAACUGUUAGAAAGAAAAGGAAAUACACGACAAGGAAAAAGGAGUACAAUGGGUGGGGGUCAACUUCCCUUAUUUGGUUUCUCGACUCCAUUGGUAAAGAUACAACCAACGAGAUAGCGCAAAGUGAGGUGGCUAAUAUUAUAAGUGACUACGUGAAGCAUAAGAAUCUUCUUCAUCCUACGAAAAAGAAAAGAAUUGUGUGUGAUGAGAAGCUUCAUUCGCUCUUCGGAAGGAAGAGUAUUAGCCGCUUGAAAAUCAGUGACUUGCUCGAGUCGCACAUUGCGAAGAACUGCGAAGAAUCUGAUGAUGAUAUCAUGUUUGACUCAGAUGAUGAUGAGAAUUUCUUGGCAACAUGUGAAAAAACCCCAAAACCAACAUCUUUGGAGAGGAAGUGUCAACCGAAGAAACCGGUUAUACAAAAACCAAGGAGCUGUUUUGCUGCCAUCAAUCCUUUCAACAUCAAGCUUGUUUAUUUAAAGAAGAGUCUAGUUGAGGAACUUUUAAAUGACCCUGAAAGUUUUGAGAAUAAAGUAGUUGGAAGCUUCAUAAGAAUCAGAUGUGAUCCAAAUGACUACCUUCAGAAAAAUUCGCACCAGCUUCUGCAAGUUACAGGUAUAAAGAAGAGCUCCGGAGGGGAUGGGGCAAUUCGCCUGAAAGCUUCUGGCUUCAUUAAAGACAUCAGCAUUCACAUGCUUUCAGAUGAUAAUUUCUCUGAGGCAGAAUGCGAGGAUUUGCAUCAGAGAGUAAAAGGCGGCUUGCUGAAGAGACCUAUGGUUGUGGAUAUGGAGCAGAAGGCAAGGGUAUUGCAUGAGGAUAUAACUAAGCAUUGGCUUGCAAAAGAACUCGCUCUGUUAGAAAAUCUUAUUGAACGAGCUAAUGAGAAGGGUUGGCGUCGAGAACUAGAUGAGUACCUACAAAGGAGGGAGAAACUUCAGAGUCCAGAUGAACAGGAACGGUUGUUGCAUGAAAUCCCUCAAGUUAUUGCAGAUGACUUAGAAUUAGAAUCUACAACGCCAGAUGUUGCAGAUAAAAAAGUAGAAAAAAAGUUGCAAGACUUAUGGCAGCCUACCUGUACAAAAGGAACUUUAGUGACCGAGGUCCCAAAAACAGUUGCAAAUGGUUAUGCAUGCAAGGUUACCAAACUGUGCAAGAAGUUUCAGGGUUCAGAUGAACAGGAACGGUUAUUGCAUGAAAUCCCUCAAGUUAACGUAGAUGAUUUAGAAUCAGAACCUACAACGCCAGAUGUUGAAGAUAAAAAAGAAGAAGAAAAGCUACAUGACUUAUGGCAGCCUACCUGUACAAAAGCCUCUUUAGUGACUGAGGUCCCAAAAACAGUUGCAAAUGGUUUUGCAUGCAAUGUUACCGAACUGUUCAAUAAGCUUCAGGGUUCAGAUGAAGAGGAAUGUGUAUUGCAUGAAAUUCCUAAUGUUAUUGCAGAUGAUCUUGAAUCAAAAUCCACAACGCCGGAUGUUCCUGAUAAAGAAGUGGAAAGCAAUUUACAAGAGGUAUGGCAGACUACCAAUACAAAAACAUGUUUAGUAACAGAGGUCUCAAAAGCAGUCACAGAUGGUUUUGCAUGCAAGGCUACAAAACUGGACAUUUUCAAUCUUGCAAAACAAGAAAGCAGUUCACCCAAGUCAAUUCUCAGUCUCAGUAGAGCAUCAGAAGUUCCUCCUUUCAAUAUGGCGAUGAAUAGCUCUAUGUUGAGUCGCAUUUCUCGUGACACUGUGACAGAGCACCUAUGGUCUGGUGUGCCUGUUCAACAGCAGCCAGCGCAACAUACAAACACUGCUGCAUACAAGAAUGGUGGUAUCUCUCAGCUAGCCGAAUCAAAUAUAUCCAAGAUCGCUCAACGACCACUAGAGAAGCAGGUACAGCCAUCUCAGAUUCAGGUUAUUGAGCUGAGUGACGAUGAUGAGGAGGAGGGAACUGAAGAAUCAAGCACCAUAAAACAGGUUCCAGCUGAUCAGUUACAGUCCAUGAUGCUUGCUACAGAUACAGCUGAUCAGUUACAGUCCAUGAUAUGGCAUUACAGAGAUCCACAGGGAAAUAUUCAAGGACCGUUUUCCAUUAGUCAUCUAAAACGUUGGAGUGAUGCUUGCUACUUUUCACCAGACUUCAAAGUUUGGAAGUUAGGCCAAAGCCAAGAUCAAGCUGUUCUAUUGGUUGAUAUUCUACCCCGAUUUUUUCCUCCCCGUGGAAUAAAUCAAUUCUCUUUUAUGUAAACUUGAGUCCUCUUCUCGGGGAGGACUCACUACUCUUUCAAUGAACUCAGUUAAUGUUCUCUCUCUUCUUUUAUUGAAUUGUGAAUUUCAUAUCAUAUGAGAGCGAGAUUUUCCUAAGUCAAAACUAUUUAAAUUCCAGGAGCAUGUAUUCAGCAUGUUUUCAGAGAAGCUAACCAGGUUGCGGACCUGUUGGCUAAUGAAGGCUCAUAGGGUCUCUAUCGGACUACAUGCUGUCCAUGAUCCUCCUUGUAGGUGUAGAAGUCUUUUAUUUCAAGAUGCUAUGGGAUUGUCUUUCCCGAGAUUGUAAGAUAGUAGUUUUUUGUUUUCUCUGGGCUUGGUCCUCAUCUAUUAAAUAAACUAUUUAAAUUCAAAUUGAA